CAGUCGACUCCUUAAAAGAUUCGAUUCCAAAGAACGGCUCAUUAGAGAAUCGGACAUCGCCACCGUGGGGCGUGGGAGAAGCAGUGCGUUGUAGACACAGCGGUUGUCAGGGGAACGGUGUCCCUCGAAAGUCCGGUCAGCUGCACGUUCACUUCGAGAUGCACAACUAAGGAAGCUGGCAGAUAAGUUCUUAUCAUUAUAAGCAUACACUAAAAGACACUUAUUACAAGAAUUUUAAAAAAGAAUGAAUUUCGAAAUGGUGCGCCGCCGUAGCCGCUCGCAGGAGACAAGAAGCUGCGCAGUUGCUAUAAUCACGCGUCUUGAUGUAAACAAGAGAGAGAAUGUUGACAACUGGAAGUGCUGAGUAAGCCAGAGAGUGUGAUGCUACCACAAGCCGGAGAUCAAUAAAAGUCUCGUCUGUCAAAAUGAUGGAACCCCAGGACAAUAUUGAGGAGGAUGACACCGCAGCAUCAGCACCAUCAUCACCGCCACCGCGAGCUCUGCCCCGUCAGCGCGUCUCUCUGCAGAAGAGCAGCGUGUGUUCUCGCUCCUACUUCAUGGUGGUGAUGGUCUUUUUCCACGUUUAUAUAAUCAAUGUCAUUGCACUUCUGCUUUAUGUUCAUUAUAAUAACGGCUCUAACGCGAUAACGGCAAACCGGGAUUUUACAAGCAGAGACAACAGUCAUAAAGUGACCGGAGCGUCUAAUCCGCAGACCCCUGCAGACUCAGGCUUCCCUCGAAAUAUGCAUCUUCCUCGCAUUGAAGGAAUACGGGUGGGCCAUGUCCAAAAAGUGUCACUGGUGCCAGGGAAAGUCCAUGAGAUGAAGACACUCAGUCUAAAGCCACUUCUGUUUGAGAUCCCUGAGUUUCUGUCAGAGGAGGAGUGUGGUGUAGUUGUGCGUCUGGCUCAGCUGAAGGGUUUGAUGGAGAGUCAGGUUAUGGUCCCUGAAGGUCAAGAGGAACUUAAUCAGCAGCUCAACCUCAGUCCUGAGGAAAUCUUCAAUUUCCUUGACCUCAACCAAGAUGGCCAGCUGCAACCGCAUGAGAUAUUGACACACUCUCGAGUGAGAGAUGGAAUCUGGUUAACUUCUGAGAACCUUAAGGAAAUCUAUGAUGGCCUGAAGGUUGAUCAGGAUGGAAAUGGUCUAUUAAAUUUAGAGGAGUUUAGGCAUCUGAAAAGUGAUGCCUUUCAGCGUUUUCUGCUACAGCGUGGGGUGGAGAGGAGCCAGCUGGUGAGGAACAGCAGACACACCUGGCUCUACCAGGGUCAGGGAGCACAUCAGGUUCUUCAAGACCUCCGCAAAAGAGUCACUCGUUUAACACGACUACCAUCCUCACUGGUGGAGUUAAGUGAACCUCUACAAGUGGUGCGUUAUGAGCAGGGUGGCCAUUACCACGCUCAUCAUGACAGUGGGCCAGUGUACCCUGAAACAGCCUGCACACACACUCGCCUCGCUGCCAAUACCACCUCCCCAUUCCAGACGUCCUGCAGGUAUAUCACAGUUCUGUUUUACCUUAAUAAUGUAGAAGAAGGGGGGGAGACCACCUUUCCAGUGGCAGAUAAUAGGACUUACGAAGAAGCGUCACUGAUACAGAAUGAUGUGGAUCUGUUGGACACCAGGAAACAUUGUGAUAAAGGCAACCUGAGAGUGAAGCCCAUUAAGGGGACGGCAGUUUUCUGGUACAACUAUCUCUCCGAUGGUAGAGGUUGGGUUGGUGAACAGGACGAGUAUUCUCUUCAUGGUGGCUGUGUGGUGACACGAGGGACUAAAUGGGUUGCCAAUAAUUGGAUCAAUGUCGAUCCAGACUACCAGCGGCAGGCACGCUACCAACAGUUUGUUUCUCAACAACAAGAGACACAAGAGCAAGAAGAAUUCAUUUCAGAACUGAACUCAGACCAGCACAUAGAAAGACACCAAGACCUAUAAACACAUACAUAAAUCCAGGUACAACAGUGCACAGAUAUACACAUUCACUUCUGUGUUACGAUCUAUAUAUAGGCAUUCACUUCCUCUUUCACACACACACAUCCAGACACACAGUUCAUUGGCUCUGCAUAACUCAUACACCCUGAAGCACUGACCUCGUACCAACAAACACAAAAAUACACUCGUCCUUUGUACUGUAUGUUUGGUUCGCUCUUCCCUACAUACACACAAAUGCACACUGCUGAAAUGUAGCCCUACCAACAUUUCCUCAUUUUCAGAACUGAAUGAGCUUUACUCAACCUCCCGCGGUCCCAGUGUUGGAGCUGGAACUUUUGUUGGGUUGGAUUCAGGGAUAAGCAGCCUGAGAUUUAUGCAAUUGUGAAAGACAAUGCUACUGUUCCUAAUGUAGAUAUUUGAAGGCAUUAUUAUUUCUUUUUUCAUGGGAAUGCAGCCAUAUUCGACAACUCUGUUUACAUACAGAAUGACACUCUACUGUACCUUCCAAAGGCUGUACACACUGCAGCUAAUUGUUAAUGCAGUGAUAGUAAAUAGAAGUGCAUACGAGAUGUGUAGCUCUUCCCUGUACAUGUUUUGACUUGCGAUUUUGGUGACUUGCAGCAAAUAAACCACCGUCAGAGUAAAAGCAAACUUCACAAUUGCUGGAGGAUGUAGUGUGUACUGGCCAAAGAGUGUGGAAAAAAAUGUAUGUUAUUGCUUUGAAGUGACAUUUACACUGACAUCUAAAUCACAGAACACUUGAGGAAAGUUAUCUGCAGGGACACUCAGUAUUGACUAGUUCUGUCAAUGGACUGCAGGUUAGUUUAAUUAUAACUAUUAACAAAAAAUGAUUACGUUUUAACCUAUGUAACAUCUAGUCAGCCUCCAUCUCUGCCAGGAUGUUACUUACACUUAUUUCCUCUCAGAUGUUCCUGAAAAGAAGCAUGUAAAACGUGCACAAUCUGUAUGAUUUUUUUGGAUUUCAGUCAUUUAUUUUGUAAUGUUUUUUCUUUGUUAGUAGCAGUGCAUCCAAAGACUAACUGAUGUUAACUUAUUUUAUUUAUUUGUUGGAUUGUUGCUGUUAAAAUGCACAGAAUCACUUUGUCAAAUAAAUUAAACUGACCAAU